AUGGUCCGCUGGACGCAACUACGUGAGACAACGAAUCGAGGCUGGCCAUCCCGACUAUCCAUAAUGCGAAGUACUCCUGACCGUGACCACAAACUCCUUGCUGCCAGGGAUCUCAAAGCCAACAGGCGUCCAGAAGAUUUGGAGUUACCCUGCAGCUGGAGGCGGACGCGGCUACCAUAUGCGAUAACGGCUUCUCCGUCAACAACACGUUGGGACAGUAGAGCACCAAUCGCCAUUUUGCUAGCAUCGGUAUCUAAAACAAACUUUCCUGCAUCGGGUGAAAAGUCCGGGUAUGCCAAAAUAGGUGGGGAUGUUGAUGCUUGCUUAAGGCGGCUGAAGGCUUCAUCUCACUCUACGGUCCACGAAACUUUCCGAUCUUUUUGGGUAGCCAUUAUCGUUUUCCAUCGGCUGGCACUUCCGGAAACGCCCAUCAUUCAAGCAGGUCAAAUAUCUCGUGCCGACUGUUUGCUCGUGGUUACUGCCGACCUCUUGAUCACAGAAUUUUACCAACCAAUUUCGAUCCCCAUCCAAAAUGACUGGGAUCAAGCCGCUUACAAACCCGCGGGUUAA